AUGUCCGUGCAACAUAGGUAUGAGGUAGAGGUCGGCUUUAAUCCUCAGAAUCACAAGGCCUGGCUCGCUUACAUAGGGCUAGAAGAAGAUGCUGGUGCUAAUAAGAACCGAAUCAGAGAUCUGUUCCGGCGAGCUAUAGCUAUUGUUCCUCCGGUGAGGCCAGAGUUCUAUUACUGGGAAAGGAAGCGGCUCUGGCGGUACUAUGUCGAGUUGUGGAUAUAUUACGCAACUUAUGAGGAGGGACAUGGAGGAGACGCAGCACAAGUGUAUGAGCAGUGCCUUGCAGUGAUUCCACAUGAUCAGUUUUCAUUUGCAAAGUGUGGCUUCGCGCUGCCGGUUUGGAGCUACGACACCGGAAAAGUCUCAAGGGUUUGGGUCAGGUACGCAGAGUUUGAGAGAGGAUUGGGGGAGACGGAACGAGUGAGGGCUCUUUUCGAACUAGGCAUUGUUUGCUCGGAGCUCUAUCCUGAACUGGUGUGGAAAUCAUACAUUGAUUUUGAAGCCUCUGAGGGGAGAACUGAGAAAUCUAGACAACUAUAUGAGAGACUACUAGACCACGCAAAGCAGCACGUCAGGGUUUGGGCCAGUUAUGCAAGGUUUGAGGCACAAGUGAACCAUUCUGUUGAGAAUGCUAGGAUGGUUUUCAGAAGAGCUGCUCCCUAUUAUGUUGCUUGGAAUGAGUUUGACAGGGAUAUCCUGCGAAAACAAUGGUUGGAUGUUGAAGCUAGCUUUGGGGAUCUGGGUGAUGCUGGCCUAGUCGAUUCUCACUUGCCAAAACUCAAACGAAGUCGAAGUGAGGAAUUCUUCGUCAUAGACGACGAAAGUUGA